UUUAAAUGAUUGUUGACGUUAGGAUUAGUUCUGGUGUUAUCCAAGUUCUCCUGGUUCUUCUCAUUCUACCGAAGGAAUCAGAGUCGGUUACUACUAUAGUACAGACCCUGAGCUCAAGAUACGGGAUGGUGCUGGGUGGAUAUGGACCAGGGUAUUCAGAACUACAAGGAGUAGAGAUACUUUCACACACUGGAGUCUGUAGUGGAGUAGUUAGUGAUAUUCCGUCCCAGAUAUCCAGGUACCUAGGGGAUGUGUCUGGUAUAGCUGAGUACCUGGAGCAAACGGUUGUAUUCUGUAGACAUAGCUUCUGCUGGAAACUAAACCUGAGAGAAAAUACAUGGAACCAAACAGGAGGUUUACAGUUUGAACGUGAGCAUGCUGCGAGUGCGGAGGUUGGAGGACGGAUGGUUGUUCUCGGAGGUAGAUCUAUUGAUGAAGUGAUGGGUGCACUAGAGAUAUAUCAUCUGGAUACUGGAGAGUGGGAGGUUAAGGAGGAGUUAGCUCUUCAAACUCCGAGAUAUAGUUUCUGCGCAGCUCCAGUAAACUCCAGUUCCCUGAUAGUCAUUGGAGGUUGGGACGGAGAGAAUGCACUCUCCUCUGUAGAAAUCUUGAACCUGGAGACAGGAAGGUGGGAGAAAGGAAGCGACCUGCCUGAACCUAGUUACGGGCAUGCUUGUCUUCAUACCGAAGUGGGCGGGAAGGAAGGGAUAAUGGUUACGGGCGGAGCACUUACAGGACGGAAAGUCAGGUUCCUGGAACUAAAAACUGGGAUUUGGUCAAACCUGCAAGAUCUAACCUUCGGAACAGACGGACAUAAACUGAUCCUGGUGGAGGGUGUUCCAACUAUAAUCAGCUGGCAGAAUAUUCAACAAUUCAACGGAACACGAUGGAACCUGGUGGAUUAUAGACUUGAGAACUCAAGAUCAGCGUUUACAGUAACAUCAGUUCCUAGUCAUCUAAUAAAAUCUUGCUCAUAACAUAAUACCAUGUAUCCUACCUCAUGUAUGUCGAGUCCUUUUUUAAUAAAUAAACUUAUGUUAAAGGA